UGACUUCCGGCUUCUAGCAACUUCAGCGGAAGUACCUUCUCACUCGAGGGCUUGCUGGCGAAAAUCAGGCUCAAACUGACCAACUAGCUGCAAAACAAUGGCUACUGAACUCCGUUUUCCUGACAGCCUCAUUGACGAAGACCCACAGAAAGCUCUCGAGGCCCUGAACGAGGCCUUGCAAGGAGACGCCGACAACACCGAGUGGCUCUGUCAGCGUGCCUAUGCUUACAUACUUCUCAAAAACUACAGCAGUGCUGUUAAUGAUGCCAAGAAAGUGCAGCAGCUGAAUCCAGGCCUUUCGCUUGGCUUCAUGCGUACAGGAAUAGCAGAGUACCAUCUGAGCCACUAUGAGUCAGCUCAUGCAGCCUUCACUCAAGGACAGCAACUGAAUGCUUCUGACCAGUCAUUUGAGAUUUGGAUCAAGCGAUGUGAGGAAAUGUUGGGUGAAAAGCACAACGGCAGUGAUGACACGCAAAUACCAGCAGUGCCGCAUGUGAAACAUGACUGGUACCAAACAGAAUCUCACGUCAUCCUCUCGGUUAUGGCAAGAAAUGUACCAAAGGACGGUGUGUGUGUCAGCUUCAUGGAAAAAGAGCUCUCAGCCUCAAUAAGGCUGGCGUCCGGGGAGAACCGCAACCUCAACCUCCACCUUCUGCAUCCCAUCGUGCCCCAACAGAGCAACUUCCGGAUCCUCAGCACUAAGGUGGAGAUGAAGAUGAAGAAGAGAGACGCCAUCAGAUGGGAGAAGCUGGAGGGAGAGGGACAGGAAUCCAACAUCAAACACUUCAAUCCAAAUCAGUGCCCGACAUCGAGCCAGCGCAGCCAAAAAUGGGACAAGAUGGUGGUGGAUAUUAAGGAGGAGGAGAAGAACGAGAAGUUGGAGGGCGACGCGGCCCUCAACCAGCUUUUCCAGCAAAUCUACGCCGAUGGUUCGGACGAAAUCAGGCGCGCGAUGAACAAGUCUUUUACGGAGUCAAACGGUACAGUCCUGAGCACCAACUGGAAAGAUGUUGGCAAGAGAAAAGUGGAAGUCAGCCCACCCGAUGAUGUUGAGUUAAGAAAAAACUGAACACCUCCCUCGCUCGUUCUCUUUUUUUCUUUUUUUUUCACCCUCCGUUUGACCCGACCGUUCGCUACCUAACCCCGUCUGAAGUUCAGCGCGGGGGGGGGUUUCAAAACUUCUCGCUUUUGACCGCACGCAUUCUUUCGGAGCAGCGUGUUCACUCAAGCAACUCGUACGGCUCAUUUCAGCUCAGCUCGCCACUGCGCAUUUUUGGAAUAGCAAACGGAGGUGUUGGAUGGCUAUGGGUCAAUAUCACUUGAAAAGUGCCUUUGGGCAAACGUUUGCUCACUUCCCAUUACGAAGAGGAAAAUCCGUUGUUUUUAUUGUAAA